UUGUAGUUUAAUGAACUACAUCUACAGAGACGUGUCGUUUGUGUUUUAACACCGUUUCGCGAACGAGUUAUUAAUCCGGGUUAUAAAUCCGAAUCGGUGAAACUCUUUCCAACUGUAACUGGGAGGAGGUGACACGUGUUGCACAGAUUGUGAAAACCCUUUCAAGCAAAUGUGAGAUUCAUAGACCGGAAAUCCCUCGGAUGAAGUUUGUUCAUUGCAACCUUUGCUCACAAAUCAUUUGUAUCAACUCAGUAUACACUGAACGGACAGCGAUGUUAUAUUUAGAGAGCAGUCCUGGAUAUAUAAGUUAGUGUAGUCUUUAGUGAUACUUAAAUAUUGUCAAUUUUGACAAAAUAUGUCUCUGGAUGCUGCUACCUAAUUGGAAAUAAGAGGCCAGGCCCAAAAGCAGAAAAACCCAGCCACACAUCCUACUUUAGGCCAUGAAGUACACUUAGGACUAUUAGGUAAAGGCCAACGUAAAAUGUUUUAUUUUAAAUGAAUUGAUGUAGAAAAAUGUCUUAUUGAAAAAAAUAAUUAUUGAAGACCACCUACGAAUAUCAAAUACCUAUUUCGAGAGGAUAAUUGUAUGUACAAAAUAAAGAUAAAGAACUGCAGACGAAGGCGCCUCUGCACAGCUGCAGCAGGACGCCUAAUGAGUCAUCUAUUUAAAUCACGUAAGCGCCGCGCGCUGCGGCCUUAACGUGACUCAGCAGAGCGACGGGGGCUCCCACUAACCGUGAGUCAGCGCGUUGCCGUCCUCUCCCUUCUGAUUGUGGGUCAGACUGACACAACGUGUGUCGACCUCAAAUGAGCCGCAUUGUAUUUCAGCGUGUUGGCCGCAUGUCAGCCGACAGAACCCGGAUGUGUCGUUCACCAAAGUCUCCCUAGAUUAACGUGAUUUCUUCUAGCCCUGAACCUGGAAACGUCGACGACGUUGCACUCUGGUGACACGUGACUUGUUAAAUUACAGCCCGUCCUCGACUCACAGACUUAGUUUGUCUUAAUUUGUUGUAACGUUAGAAACCGACUCAACCGGCUGCAUUAAAGAGCCAACAUUUAAAGGCGUUAUUACGUAACCAGUAAACUAAUCCAGCUCCCUUAAUGUUGCUUACUAAGCACUAAAGCCACGUGGGGUGAUUUGGAAAUACAGGUUCAUGUUAAUGAUUCCUUCACUUAGCCAAAUGCCCUACUUCUGUCACAUCAGCCAAACGCAUGUUGUGGUCUGGCAUCCACGUUGACAACAGAUUAAAAUGUGACAUGCAAUAAACUUUAUUCUUUCUUUCAACCACACCCGGGGCUCAUACUGCGAUAUGACUGCUGUGACGUGUCCGUGCCUCUCAUCCUCGAGUGUGCAGAGAAGCAGCCCCGCUGAGAGGAGACAGCCAGGGAUGGAGGAAGAGGUCCCUCAAAGACCUGAGACGAUGGACGUGGAGGAGGCCGAUCCAGGGUUUGAGGAACCGGAAGGCCUGAUCAACAGGGAGAGGAACCCAUCUGGUAACAGUGAGGCUGAGUCCUCUGGCCUCACCCCUGCUUAUCCAGUCUGUGUGCCACCAUGCCAAUGGGAGGAAGGAGGAGGAGGAGGAGGAGGAGAAGAAGGAGAAGGAGAGGAUAUCCAAGACCUGUUGUUGCGUUCCUGUUGCACAGCAGAGGGCAGCAUUGAGCCGACAAGUCCAAGCUCCAUGCUGGAGUACUGGGAGUACUCUGAUAACCAGCACGAUAACCAGCACGACAUGGCCGACUGUCCUGCAGCCAGGACCAUCAUCACCCCUCCUGCCACUCCAGCAGCCCACAGGCCUCGUCUGUUCAUACCCGUUAAUAGUUCAGAGGCAGCCGCUGCGUCUGCAUUGAGCUCUGUGGUUAAAUCCGUGGUGCGCAGCCCCGUGACUGACGGCUGCGGCCCCAUCGGUUCUAUGUGCAGUCCCACCAGUUCAGCCUGGGACACUCUGGGAUCCACGUCCAGGAGUCCUGGCUGCUCUGACCGGGAUCCGGUCAGUGCUGCAGCGCACCUCCACCUGUUGGGAGAAUCCUUGUCCCUGAUUGGACACCAUCUCCAGGAGACAAGUAAAGCGGUGAGCGUGUCGAGCAGCGUGUCUCUGCUCUUGGACUCCCUGCUGUGCGCUCUGGCUCCUCUCAUCGGCCUCACCGCACAGAUCCCAGAGCUCAGGAGCUGCACCCAGCACACACUGCCCUCCACUCUGGAAAACAUUUCCUUUCUGAUGCCCGGGUUGUGAGUGAUGAUGACCUCACUGACGGCUCAUAGCACAUGAUGACUCGAUGGGCCAGCGUACAUGUUCACACAGGAAAUACAUCUCAAAUCUGUUUUGUUGGACAAGAAUAUUUGUUUGCACCAUAGAAACCAUUUGAGUUGACUUUGAUAUGUCAGGAUACUUGCUUGUAUUUCUUGUUUAAUUAAGAGGUGUGUAAAGAUUGAAUUGUGUAACUGGACACAUUAAAAGUGUCAAUUUAUUUUCUUCUGCUUCACAGUGAAGUUGAUCAUGCGUCUCUGUGGAUGUACUACAUAGUCUCCUAAAUGAAACUACAAGUUAAUUUAAAGUAAUAUAAACUAUAUAUUUAGCACCUGAUACUUUUGACUGCAUAUAAACACAGAAGCCCCAAUUUCACAUCUGUGUAAUUCUAGUAAAUAAAAUAAUUGACAUUCCAGGAGGUGGCGCUGUGCUUCACAAUGAAUCCCUAUUGUUUUCCACACGCAGUCUAGUCUUGUAGAAUUUAAAGAACAAGAACAUGUUUUAAAUAUUAUACUUAAUCAAAUGCCAUAUAUCCUAGCUAUGCAGCUCAGGUUUAUUGUUCACCAACUGGGCAAGAGGAAACAAAGUUUGCUAGUGAAAGAGAACUCAAGUUCUCUAAAUAAACCCUUUAAAUAAAUAAAUUGGCAUUUGUACACAUUUUUCCAAGCACUUUUUGUAUUAGCUCCAUACUUCUGACUCAUUAUACCCGAUCAGAACAAACUAAAACUACCAUGAAAACUGAAAAUACCAAACUCUUUUUAAAGUAACCUUAUUUCAUAUCUAAUGUUUUCAAAUGUUGCUCACAGUUUAUGGGAUCUGCUCAUUCAAACCUUCAAUGUGACUAAUUAACUCGUGGCAAGGUAAACACAUGCUUUGAGAGUCAUUUCAAUUUAGCUUUUACAAAUUAUUAAUUGACCACAGGUUAGCUUUGUGAGACCAUUUUAUUAUGAGGUCGUCAGUCUUUAAUUUCUGUAAUAUUUCAACACCUGAAAUACCUGAUAUGAUGAAUGAAUUCAUUCAACAGCUGUGGCCAGAGGCUUUAUGUCUUCAGGUCAUUGAACUGGUUUGAUUUUGGUCAAACUAAAAACAUUCAUAAGCUAAUUAUGACAAUUUCAUACAAACGUCUCAUGACAUUGUGGACGC